GGCAUGGCCCGGCUCCUGGGCCCCCCGCCGCCGCCGCCGGGCGAGGACCUGUUCUACGAGACCUACUACAGCCGCAGCCAGCAGUUCCCGCUGCUGCUGCUGCUGCUGGCGCUGGUGCUGGGCGCCCUGGCCGCGCUGCUCGCCGUCGCCAAGGCCAGCGGCAGGGAGCUGACCUCGGACCCCGGCUUCCUGGGCACGGUGCUGUGCGCCCUGGGCGGCUUCUCCUUGCUGCUGGGCCUGGCCUCCCGCGAGCAGCGGCUGCAGCGCUGGACGCGGCCGCUCUCGGGCCUGGUGUGGGCGGCGCUGCUGGCCCUGGGCCACGGCUUCCUGUUCACCGGGGGCGUGGUGAGCGCCUGGGACCAGGUGUCCUUCUUCGUCUUCGUCAUCUUCACGGCGUACGCCAUGCUGCCGCUGAGCAUGCGCGCCGCCGCCGCCGCGGGCCUCGCCUCGUCGCUGUCGCACCUGCUGGUCCUCGGGCUCUACCUGGGGCCGCAGCCGGGCUCCCGGCCGCCGCUGCUCCCGCAGCUGGCAGCCAACGCCGUGCUGUUCCUGUGCGGGAACGUGGUGGGCGCGUACCACAAGGCCCUGAUGGAGCGCGCGCUGCGGGCCACGUUCCGGGAGGCGCUCAGCUCGCUGCACUCGCGCCGGAGGCUGGACACCGAGAAAAAGCACCAGGAGCACCUCCUCCUGUCCAUCCUCCCCGCCUACCUGGCCCGAGAGAUGAAAGCGGAGGUCAUGGCCAGGCUGCAGGCCUGGCGGGGCUCCCGGCCGGAGAACACCAACAACUUCCACAGCCUCUACGUCAAGAGACACCAGGGCGUGAGCGUGCUGUACGCCGACAUCGUGGGCUUCACGCGGCUGGCCAGCGAGUGCUCCCCGAAGGAGCUUGUGCUCAUGCUCAACGAGCUGUUUGGCAAGUUCGACCAGAUUGCCAAGGAGCACGAGUGCAUGCGGAUCAAGAUUCUGGGGGACUGCUACUACUGCGUCUCGGGGCUGCCGCUCUCCCUGCCGGACCACGCCAUCAACUGCGUGCGCAUGGGGCUGGACAUGUGCCGGGCCAUCAGGAAGCUGCGGGCGGCCACCGGCGUGGACGUGAACAUGCGCGUGGGCGUGCACUCGGGCAGCGUGCUGUGCGGCGUCAUCGGCCUGCAGAAGUGGCAGUACGACGUGUGGUCCCACGACGUCACCCUGGCCAACCACAUGGAGGCCGGCGGCGUGCCGGGGCGGGUGCACAUCACGGGGGCCACCCUGGCCCUGCUGGCGGGGGCGUACGCCGUGGAGGAGGCGGCCGGGGAACCCCGGGACCCGUACCUCCAGGAGCUGGGCGAGCCCACCUACCUGGUCAUCGACCCGCGGGCCAAGGAGGAAGAGGAGGAAGGCGCUGCGGGAGGGCUGCUGUCCUCCCCCGAGGGCCUCAGGAUGCGCCCCUCGCUGCUGAUGACGCGCUACCUGGAGUCCUGGGGCGCCGCCAAGCCUUUCGCCCACCUGAGCCACGUGGACAGCCCCGUCUCCACCUCCACGCCGCUCCCGGAGAAGGCCUUGGCCUCCUUCGGCCCCCAGUGGAGUCUGGAUCGGAGCCGCACCCCCCGGGGCCUGGAUGAGGAGCUGGACACCGGGGACGCCAAGUUCUUCCAAGUCAUCGAGCAGCUCAACUCCCAGAAACAGUGGAAGCAGUCGAAGGACUUCAACCUCCUGACGCUGUAUUUCCGAGAGAAUGACGUGGAGAAGCAGUACCGGUUCUCAGCGCUCCCGGCCUUCAAAUACUACGCAGCCUGCGCCUCUGUGUUCCUGUCCAACUUCAUCAUCCAGAUGCUGGUGACAAACAGGCCCCCGGCUCUGGCCAUCGCCUACAGCAUCACCUUCCUCCUCUUCCUCCUCCUCCUCUUCAUCUGCUUCUCAGAGCAUCUGACGAGAUGCGUCCUGAAGGGCCCCAAGGUGCUGCACUGGCUGCCCGCCCUGUCCAGCCUGGUGGCCACCCGCCCGGCCCUGAGGGUGGCCCUGGCCACCGCCACCAUCCUCCUGGUCUCUGCCAUGGCCGUUGCUAGCCUGCUCCUCUCCCCAGCCGCUUCCCACUGCCCGCUCCCGGCCCCCAACGCGUCCUCCGGGGCCCCCAACGCCUCCUGGGAGCUGCCGGGGUCCCUGCCUCUCGUCAGCGUCCCGGUGAGUGCUCCCCACAGCCCCGCGGGCGAGCACCCCGACCUCCGACCCCACCCGACCUCUGACCCCACCCCGACCUCUGACCCCAUCCCCGACCUCGUCCCCCCACCUCGUCCCCACCCCUACCUCCGACCCCACCCCACCUCCGACCCCACCCCCAUCCCUCGAGCUGAGGAGCGCUCCACCCCACACACUGACAUGGAGACCCCCCCCUGCCUCCUGUCUGUGGAUGUCAGCCCCGCCCCUCAGCGCGGCUCCGGGCGAGGAGGGGGCGGAACAGGAACCCUGGGCGACACCCCACUGUCCUGUGGACACGCCCCCUCCUGA